AAUGACCCACCCCUUGUUUAUUAUCGAUUUCCAAUUAUUGGACAUACAUGGAGAUUUAUAACGGAUUGCGAAAAACUAGUUUUGGAAUCUCGGCAAAAGUAUGGCGAGACAUUUUCAUUAUACGUAUUUGGCCAAUUAAUUACUGUAGUCGGAAAGGAAUCAACUCAUGAACUAUUUAAGAACGAUGAAGAAUUUUCUUUUCGCGAUGGCUUGCAAGAGGGAAUGCCUAUAAAUCGUAUAUUUGCUCAUCAUGUUAAUUAUACGAAAUCUACUAAAAUAGUAAGAGACUUUUCUAGAGAAAAUUUAAAAAAUCUUACAAGUAGGAUGCAACAAAGUAUUAAUGAGGCUAUAAGCAUUUAUAUUGGUGAAUGUGUCGAACGGAAGGCUGUUAGUGAUUUAAGUGGACUUUUAUUAAAUAUAAUUUCAAUUCCCAUUGCUAACAUUAUUGUUGGUGAAGAAUGUUCCCAGCAUGAGGAUAUUAUAGAAACGUUUAGAACCUUAUUUUUAACAAUUGUCAAAAUGAUUAGCAUACCACCACUAUUAUCUUUUAUACAUCCCUGGCUUCAUAAACAACUUUUAUU